UUUGGUUUAUCUGCUGCCUAUCUUCUGUAAAGUAUUCCACUUCUUAUGCAAUAAGAAAUCAUACGCAAAGAAUGGCCGUGUCGAAUUCAGUGAGACUCCUUUUCCACAUCAUUGCAACUGCAAUGUUCUGGUUUGCCAUUCAAUAUGAGUACAAUUUUGUAAAGAUUCCCGUGGAUCAACACCCAAUGGCGAGAGCCAUUGGGGGGAAAUUCAAAUACCUCACCUUCCUCAAUGCAAUAUGCCAGGCUGUUUACUACACCAUUGCUCUCCUCAAUGACUUGGUGGGCUCCAACAAAGUCUCCCACACGAAAUUGCCACUCAUCCGCAGGGUGAAGGAUUAUGUAAUGAUCUCACUGGCCUUCCCUCUUGCCGCCACAGUGAGCACCACCUUUUGGAGUCUCAUGGCCAUCGACCGGGAGCUGGUUUUCCCCAAAUUCCUGGACGAUUACGUUCCAACAUGGCUCAACCACGUACUGCACACCAACAUCUUCAUCUGCAUUGUGAUCGAACUCUUCAUGUCAUUCCGCAAGUAUCCAGCACGCCGCGAGGGCAUGCUCGGCCUUAUCAUCUUCAUGGUCGCCUACUUAGUUUGGAUUCACGUAAUUCAUCAUUAUUCCGGCGUUUGGGUGUAUCCAAUCCUCGAAGUUCUCUCAUUCCCUAUGCGCGUCGUCUUCUACAUCGUUGUCAUUGGCAUGACCGGAGCGCUUUACAUCCUCGGUGAGUUUCUGAACAAUGCAAUCUGGACCAAAGAGCUGAAGAAAUUGAAAAUGACCAAAGCAAAGUAACAUCACGAGAGCUAGUAAACAAAACAUGCAUACUCAUCACAACUCCAGAACAAUGCUGAAAUUACAUCAUAUACGUACGUUUGGUGAUAGUAGGUGUUUUGCCUUACUGCGCUAUUAUUUUAUUUUUAUUAUCACGGAAGGAAAAUAUGUUUGUCACAAUAAUUAGUGUCUCUUAAGUAGGACAAUAUCAAUGCUAUGUCUCGGACGCUGGCAUUGGUAUUAAAUAGCAUUUUAGUGAAGGUUUGAAGAAUUGAAUAAUUUUACAAUUAACCACUCAAUUUCACAUCAAUCUGUAGAUUGAAUUUGAGACAGAAUAAAACAAAAACAUCAUCACAUUCAUCGUCUUUU